AUGGUACAGCUCCGUGCCUCAGUUUACCUGGGCCGGAUACCAGUGGAGGACCCUAUCGUGUCCACGGAUGAGGUCAUCUUCCCCCUGACCAUCUCACUCGACAAGCUGCCGCCUGGCACCGUCAAGGCCAAGAUCGUGGUGACAGUGUGGAAAAGGGACACGGAGCCGCCUGAGCUGCAGGAGGGUGGUGGGUACCUGAGCCUGCUGCAGACCCGGGCGCCUGCACAUGUCUUCCGCCAGGAGCAGGGGGCUUUCAAGGCGCAGGUGAGCACCCUGCUGACGGUGCUGCCCCCGCCCGUGGUGCGAUGCCGCCAGCUCACCGUGUCUGGGAAGUACCUCACUGUGCUCAAAGUCCUCAAUGGCUGGUCCCAGGAGGAGAUCUCGCUCUGGGACGUGCAGAUCCUGCCCAACUUCAACGCCAGUUACUUGCCCGUCAUGCCCGAUGGCUCCGUGCUGCUGGUCGAUGACGUCUGCCACCACUCGGGCGAGGUGCCCGUGGGCGCCUUCUGCCGUGUGGCUGGAGCCGGCUCGGCUUGUCCCUGUGCACUCAGCGCCCUCGAGGAGCACAACUUCCUCUUCCAGCUCCAGGCACCUGAGAGGCCGCCCGAGGACGCCAAGGAGGGCUUGGAGGUCCCACUGGUGGCUGUGAUCCAGUGGUCAACGCCAAAACUGCCCUUCACCAGCAGCAUCUACACGCAUUACCGGUUGCCAAGCAUCCGUCUGGAGCGGCCACGCUUCGUGAUGACGGCUGCCUGCGAGUCCCCGGUGCGGGCCAGGCAGCGCUUCACUGUCACCUACACGCUGCUCAACGACCUCCAGGACUUCCUGGCCGUGCGCCUCGUCUGGACGCCCGAGACCGCCACGGCCGGGAAGAAACUGUCUGGGGAGGAACGCCGGGCCACGCAGGCAGCGCUGGACGCCAUUGUCUGCCACACGCCGCUCAACAACCUGGGAUACUCGCGCAAGGGCAGCGCCCUCACCAUUCGCGUGGCCUUCCAGGCACUGCGGGCCGGCCUCUUCGAGCUGUCCCAGCACAUGAAGCUGAAGCUGCAGUUCACGGCCAGCGUGGCCAACCCACCGCCUGAGGCCCGGCCCGUGUCGCGCAAGAGCAGCCCCAGCAGCCCGGCCGUGCGGGCCCUGGUGGAGCGGCACCAGGCUGGGCUGGGCCGGUCCCAGUCCUUCUCCCACCAGCAGCCAUCCCGCAGCCACCUAAUGAGGUCAGGCAGCGUGAUGGAGCGACGUGCCAUCACCCCACCAGUGGGGUCUCCCGUGGGGCGUCCCCUCUACCUGCCCCCUGAGAAGACAGUGCUGUCCCUGGACAAGAUUGCCAAGCGGGAGUGCAAGGUGCUGGUUGUGGAGCCCGUCAAAUAA